GUGGAGGAUUGAGAUCAUGAGAUCUCAUGAGGCGCGCUGUAGACGGAAGUAGUGGUGUUGUAGUGGUCUUUUGUACCCCUGGAGUGCUGUUUACAUUCAUUCAUUCAUUCACUCACUCAGAAUGUCCUCCUCUGUCUCAACAUCCUGUCUACAAAAGAGGUUGCUAUACGUUCAGCUCCUUUGAGCGGUUAGUAUCACCAUCGUGGCGAGUGGUAUCUACGUUAAUUUGGUAUUGGUACUUUCAGAAAGUACUAAAGGAAAUCUUCACACCUCGUCUUGCACACGAAAGUAAACGAAAUCUUCACACCUCGUCUUGCACACGAAUCCCAGCAAACGACGUUCGGAAUGGUAGUCCCAAACGGUAGCGACGAUGUGGUGCCGUUUGGCUUGGUGGAUCCAACGCCCUUGAACCUCUAUCGUGGCUGUCAACUCUGCCCAGAUCUGCAUGCAGAACUAGUUGACGUCUUUUUCUUCGACUCCCAGGACUGCAUGUGGCCUAAACUGCAAGUUGCGUUUGACGCAGCCACUGUUAAGGCUUCCCCUGCUAGCGGUCCACAUCUUUGGAAGCAUCAUCUACUUGGGAACGUAAUGUUCCCAAGACGGUCUUCAAGGGUCAUCUCAGGAGCGUCGUCGUCAAUGGGAAAAACGUCUACUCAAGAGAGGAGAAGGCAUCCUGGGAGAGACGUUUUCACGGGAAAGAAACGUCUCAAGAUGGACGAUUGGUGUGAGCUCUAACACUGUAGUGUCGUGUACGCUUCUCAGCUGCUUGGCAGUGAACCUCUUAUGUGGGUACGAGCGGACAACAGGCGAAAAUCCUGCGAAAAAUGUACUCUUAGAGCUUCCACGGUUCUUCGCCGACCAUUUGCACCUGAUGCUCACCAGUGCUGGGGGAAGGUAUGGCAUCUGUCGAGGAACCUCUCAUCUACUAGUGAAGAUAGUACUAAGUAAUGUCAUGAUCAUCUCUAGUGAUAGUGAAGAUGGUACCAUUGCGUUUAUGACUUCCGUAUCUCCACCAUUCAUGGUACUACUGUACCAAGUAAUGUCAUGAUAAGUGUAGUAGAAGAGCUGGUACAGACAAAUUCGAAAGCUAUAGACAUGGAGAACAAGAUCACUAAAAAAUAGUAGUAAUAAGUGUUUCCAAUUUUCUAGAUCGAGAUACUCGCUAAUAUGUACAUAGUUUUAGUGGAUCUAUAACCCAACUUCCAUGUUGUAGUACUAGCUAUUGCUAUUCAGAACAACAAAGACACCCGUUUCAAAACUGGAGCUUCAGUCGAGCAAGCUGGUUCUCCCGCUAGUGGUGGUGCUGGCCUCAGUGCGGUGAAUACCAUCCGUGUGGCGACCCGAAUGCGCGAGUUGGUGGAGAAUUUCGCUAUGCCCAACAUCAGAGCGUUUACCGACACUUACGGGACCUUCUCACCAGAUGUGAAGAAUCACGCGAACGGCUUACUGGCACCAGAAAUGCUGCGGCUGGUAGAAAGCGUAGUUCACUUUCGUAGGCUUUUCCAGUGGCAGUUCAACUUUCUCAACGUCGGCUGUCAUUGGGAUUUAUGGCUGUAGUUUUUACCAAUGAAUUAUUUCUAGUAUACUUACUAAGGAGCUUGUAGGGUUAUGAUCCCACUUUCAUACACCUUUAUGGGUUUGAGGAAACCGUCAGUCGCUUUUAUCCUGUGUCUAAGGAGCUUAUACGUCUAUGGCUGUUUUUACUAAAAGGAGCUUAUAGAUACGUCUAUGUCUACAUUCGCACAUUUCUACUUUGUCCAAUCAUAUGUCUAUCCUGUCGUGUCUAUAAGAAAAACAAGUCCUCCUCUAGACCUUCGAUGAGAAGGUCAUCUAGAUCUUCCUCUACAAUCUACUUCUUCAUACACCUUUAUGGACGCGUGCAGUCGCAUCCGGUUUGAGGACACCGUCAGUCGCUUCUAUCGCGUGAAAGUCGUCACUGACCUCUUGCUCUCGAUGUGGCGCGACAGGAUAGCAGCAACGGGAAGUAGUGGAGAUUCCGAUUCUGUAAUCAACACGCAUCCGCUCAACGCAAGUCGGUAUCAGUACCUCAACGAAAAAGAGUUUCCGAGCAACGGCAUCAGCAUCGACGUACCAGAUAGUUUAGAGCAUGGCCUCAAUAGUGCCCAAGUCCAGGGAACAAGCUUGCGGUUCGUGGAGGUUGGUGUCUUUCAAGGUCGUUUGGCUUACUCUGUGCUAAACACGUGUGCUUUCGUCGAAUACCACGGGGUUGACCCGUACUUCUUCGAAACAGGCGACUUCGAAUUUCAAGGACUCUUCACAGAUAAACUUGAAGAAAAGGCUUUAGAAGUUGAAGGAGACGAUAGUGGUGCUAGUCGGGAAGAGGAAAGGAGCAGAAAUAGAGCAGGCGAGAAUGUAGUUGACAGGAAAGCGAAAGAUGAUCAGGCCGAAGAUUCAACAUCGUCCUCAUCCUCUUCUUCAGAAGAUACUACUGCUGCUCGGAAGGCGAAGUUCGAUUUCGCAAAGGGCAUGCUGGAAGCACGCGACGGCGCACGGCAGAAGAUUGGCUUUUACGGGAACCGAGCCCGCCUGAUCGAGAAGCAAAGUAGAGAUGCAGUAGAUCAAUUCGAAGAUGAAUCUGUGGACCUCGUUUUCAUCGAUGCCGAUCAUAGAUACGACUCCACGUUAGAAGACAUACGAUUGUGGUAUCCUAAGGUACGAAAGGGUGGGGUAGUAGGCGGUCACGAUUUCGGUAACAAUCCAGAGGUGACGAAGGCCGUUCUGGAUUUCGUGCACCAGAAUUGCAAAGCAGGCCAGAUAAUAAAUGCCGACAGCGACUGGGUGUGGUAUUUCGUGAAGACGUGAGAAAUUACAGAUUUAUAUCUAGGAGAUGAAGAAGCUUUGACCCUCACAAUGAACGUAUCUUCUUCACAGUUUAGACGACAGUUUGUUAGCGACAAUUCGCGGGAGUGAUAAUCCUGCGGUCAAAAUAGAGACGAAGAUCGAACGAUUCUUGAAGUAUGGCUCGGUCGUGGUCGUGCUUAAGUAGAAGUGCAAGAAUCUCCAUCAUGUGUGUUCGAACAAGUUUGGCAUAGCAAGAAUGAUGAUUCUACCGCAGAAGCAAAUGCCG